GUUCAGUUCCAUUCUGUCUUUUGCGGCGAAACUGCGUAUUUCGCAAAAUGUUUCUUCCUAUCGCAAUAUUAGCAGUAACAAUCUUGCUGUACUAUUAUGGAACGCGAAAAUCAAAAUACUGGGAGAAACGGGGUGUCAAAUAUGAUAAACCUUUACCGUUUGUUGGAAAUAACCUCAAGGGAUAUCUUAUCCAGAAAAGUGUCACGGAAGUAGUCGUAGACACAUAUUGGAAAUAUCCACAUGAGAAAGUCGUGGGAUUCUUUCGUGCAGUUGAACCAGAAUUGGUGAUAAGAGAUCCCGAAAUUAUUAAACGUAUUUUAGUGACUGAUUUCGAACAUUUCUACCCUCGUGGGAUUAAUCAUAAGGAAGUAGUGGAACCUCUGAUGAGAAAUUUGUUCUUUGCGGAUGGUGACCUGUGGCGGCUCUUACGGCAACGGAUGACACCAGCCUUCACCAGCGGCAAGCUGAAAGCUAUGUUUCCUUUGAUCGUUGACUGCGCUGAUAGACUACAAAAACGUGCCCUCUCUGAAUCAAUCAACGCGAAGACAAUAGACGCCCGUGACAUGAUGGCUCGAUAUACGACUGACUUCAUCGGAGCUUGUGGCUUUGGUGUUAAUGCUGAUUCACUCAGUGAUGAAGAUUCAGCCUUUAGAAAACUUGGCAAAGAUAUAUUUACGCCUCGAGUCCAAGAUAUCAUAGUAGCUGUAUUGAAAGAAAUGUUUCCGGAUACUUUCAAACACUUGAAAUAUUUAUCUCGACUUGAAGAUGAGUUCAAGAGAUUUGUGACUGAAGUUCUUCGUCUCAGAAACUACAAACCAUCAGGAAGAAACGAUUUUAUCGAUCUGAUGUUGGAGUGUAAAGCAAAGGGUACUAUUGUCGGUGAAUCUAUUGAACGGCGAAAGAAAGAUGGAUCCCCAGAAAUCGCAACCGUUGAACUGGACGACACGCUGAUUGCUGCUCAGGUAUUUGUCUUCUUUGCAGCCGGUUUUGAGACUUCCUCUUCUGCUACCAGCUAUACAUUACACGAACUAGCUUUCCACCCAGAAAUACAAGAAAAAGUACAGAAAGAAAUUGACACAGUUCUGGCUAAGCAUGACAAUAAAUUAAGUUAUGAUGCAGUCAAAGAGAUGACUUAUUUGGAAUGGACGCUCAAAGAAGGCAUGAGGAUGUUGCCUUCUCUUGGAUUUUUAAUUCGCAAAAGUGUGAGGCCCUACACGUUUCCCGAGCUUGGAAUGACGAUUGACGCUGACGUGCAAAUAACGAUUCCAGUGCAGGCGCUGCAUAAUGAUCCAAAGUACUUUGAUAAUCCCAAGGAAUUUCGUCCAGAACGUUUUAAUCCGGAAAUAUUGACCAGAGAACAGAAAGACGUGUACUUGCCAUUUGGUAUUGGGCCUCGCGCCUGCAUUGGCGAGAGAUUAGGGCUGAUGCAAUCAGUGGCUGGGCUGGCGGCUGUGUUGUCAAAGUUUACUGUAUCACCGGCACCUAAUACAAUACGAUCGCCAAAAAUAGACCCAACCUCGGAUAUCGUUCAGACCAUCAAAGGAGGUUUGCCGUUGCAAUUCCGUGUGAGAAAGUAGUCUAUUCACGAUUCUUCAAUAAAUUUAAAUACUUCUGUGAUUUUGAAUUUAAAUUCAAUAAAUCUUCAUUAUAUAUAGCGUAAUCACAGAGCACGAAACGUCAUUUUUUUUUGCAUGACUAUAUUUGUUUAUAACGGUUUAAUUAUGAUACAUUUAUCAUAAUUUCAUUUAUUUAUUCACCAUGUUUUGUUUUAUAUUCGUAAAUCAUUUAGUAAGUAGUACAUUUUUAAAUGUUUUUAAUAUAUGAAAUGAAUUAAAAUCAUUUUUAUCGUC